CCUGCCUGCCCUAGGUGCCGAGCAUCAGCCCAACGGUUCCAGAGAUUCUAGGCGUCGGGUCCAACUCUGCUUACCGCGCUGAUCGCCAACACCCGCGCAGCUUCUUAAGUUCCUUACGCAAUACGAAACAUCUCGGCGGACGAGGAAUCAUGGCUGCUGCCCAAGUUCCCCGGAACUUCAAGCUCCUCGCCGAGCUGGAGAAGGGUGAGAAGGGCAUGGGCGCAGGUGCUUGCUCGUACGGUCUGGAGGAUCCCGAGGACAUUUAUAUGACACACUGGCGAGGAACCAUCUGGGGCCCUCCCCAUGGCAACCACGAGAACCGAAUCUACGAGCUCAAGAUGGAAUGCGGCCCAGACUACCCCAAGGAGCCACCUGAGAUUCACUUCGUCAGCAUGAUCAACCUCCCCGGCGUAAGCCCGGUCGACGGCAAAGUGGACAAGAACUACGUAGCCAUCCUGCGAGAUUGGAGCCGCAUUGCGGCCGAGUUGGCAAAGAACCCCCGGCCGAAGGAGGAUCCGUUGAGCUUAGAGACAGCUCUUAUCGCGAUAAGGAAAUUCAUGGACGAAAAUAAGAAACUUCCGCAACCCCCUGAGGGGUCCAAGUACGACGUCUACAAAUGAAGGAAACAGAAGACAUCGGAGAUCUUAGAAGGCAAUAGAGGGUAGUGCCACUGUGUCUGCGCCGGCGUGUCUGAAGCUGACAUCUAUGGCAGUGGCAACUCGAUGGGGUUAACGGCCACACACAGGAGGAAGAGGGAGGUGCAACAGAGGGACGGAGUUACCAAUGACUGCCCCAUUGGCUAUCACAAAUCACAUACGCUGCUCUUAUUCAUCAUAACCUUGAUAUCCUACAAGAAACUCAGUUACGUACCACGUUUCGGAUAGUGCCCGGUGUGUGGCACGUGACUGCCGCGCAGCAGAUCUGAUUCCGGUCGCGUGCCCGCAAUCGAGCUCAAAAUUUCACGUAAGACCUCU